AUGUUGGAAGGUUGUAAAGGUGGAAGGUCAGCCCUCAAGUGCAGGAGGCGUAACAUUGCUGCUAUUGCCAGUGAGCCAGGUGAACAUCUGCAAACGGGGGAGCCAACUCUGUUGAGGCAGGUUCCGAAUGGCGGGGUACACUUGUGCGCGUUUGUUGCACAUUCGUCGACAUCUGCACUGCAUGUAGUAAUUUCUUAUCAAUCUCAGCAUUUAUCUGAGUUGAUGUACGCAUGUGAUUUCAUGUGGAUCAUAAAAAUAUUUCUGCGAGCAAUCAACAUUCUCAGUUGUUUCAAGAACCUGGAAUCUGAGUCGGAGUGGAAUAUUUUGAAGGGCGAGCAGAAAUCAGAGUGGGAUAUUUUUCAUCCGACUCUGGUUGGAACUCUUCUGCAAAAUAAUGUUUUUACAACCGCUAAUUUGAGGUCUUUAGAGGUCGAACAAGAAUUAAUUUAA